CUUCAGCCUCCAGGCCCCUGGCAGAAAGUGGCUCUCAUGCCGCACAGAAGGCAAGUGGUGAGGGUGGUGCUGGGGACACUGGCACAGUGGUGGACCUUCCAGAAGGAGUGGGCAUGGACCCCCAUCUGCCACAGGUCCAUUCUGCCCAUUUGGGCUUCGCCAGACCCGACCUCAGGCCCAGCGCGGCCAAGGUGGCGACCUCGUCUGCAGGCGGCCCUCUUCCCCGGCACGGCCCACCGCUGGGGGACGGCAGCCAAGGCCACGGGCCUGGGGACACGCCAGCAAGCCAGCCUCAUGUGGAGGUAGCGGCCCCCUUAGCAGGAGACCCCCUCUCGCCGUCCUGUGGGACAGCGGAUGCUGCAGCCCUCGUGCCACAGAGCCCAGAGGAGGGCGCUGUGGCGGGCGUGCCAGGCUCACAGCGGGUCUGGUUCCAAGCGCCCGGCCUGCGCCUGCCCGGCAUCCAGCGCCCUGCCGAGGCGCGAGGUGGGGCAGGGCUGCCGGGGCCUCCGGUGAAGGCACCUGCUGCUAGUGCUCCCGCGGAGGGCCCGGGGGGCUCCCUGUCCGAGGGGACGGCACCCGCGUCCCUGCAGCCCCCAGAGACGGGCGCAGAAAGCACGUGUGGCACAGACGUUCUAAAGAGAAACCUUGACAUCAGAGGCUUGGAGCUGUACUGCCCUCCUUGCCGGGCACCUGCAGCUCACCUUUCCACUCCCGAGGUCAGGGUCCGUCCAGGCGAAGGCUGUCUGCCUCUUCACGUGCCCAGUGGGAGGCUUUCAGAAACCCAGGCUCCUGCAGGAGAAGCAGGCCAGGCUCCUGCUGGGCCACCAGGACUGGACCUUGCCGGUGGGGCAGGGGGAGCCGAGGACCGGUCCUCCCAGCCUGAAGGCCCUGUUAGGCUGAGGGCGUCCAGCACCGGCCUGCCGUUGCAGGUUUCUGUCAUCAACAUGGGUCAGCCCUGGGAAGGCUCCGUGCUAACUGUCAAACUGCCCAGGCUGGACAUGCCGCGGUUCACCUUCCCUGACCCCAGCGCCGAGGCUGACGUGUUCAUCCCCACCGUGAGCGAGGUGCGGUGCCCGGGGAGCAGCCUUGGCGACGCCCUGCGCACGCAAAGCCCGGGAGACUGGGGCGCCAGCAUCCUGAAGGCGGGCGCCGGGGCCCCAGGCGAGCAGCCUGUGGCCCUUGACCUCUCCCCAGAAGAUUCCCCCAUUUCCAAGGCCAGGGCGCACAUUCAGGGUGCUCAGGUAGAGCGCCCAGAGGUCGCUGUCCGCAAGGUGACGGCGGAGUUAGAGGACCUCUCAGGACCCGAGGCUUUUUCCACUCAGAUUGUGCGGGAGUCAGAGAUUCCUGCGUCCAAGAUCCAAACAGCUUCUUACGGAUUUUCGUUGCUCAAAGUAAAGAUCCCAGAGCCCCCCAGGCAGGUCAGGGUCCAAGACCCCCGGCCAAGGGAGGGCUCGGGAGAGGCUUCCAAACGAGACGCCCUGGAAGCAGACCCAUUUUCUAGAGACCUGCAGCCCGACACUGGAGAGCCGUUUGAAGUGAUCAUGUCCAGCACUGGCGUCCCUGAGCGGCCAGCAUUCACCCCUGAAGUGCGCCCUGGCCACCAGGGCGCGGACAGCUGCUCUGAGGAGGAGGCUGCGGAAAUUCUCGAGUUUCCCCCGGAGGAGGAAGACAGUGGGGAGGCAGCCGCAUGCCCGGCAGCGGAGGACGGGGCUCUACAAGGGAAACCAGAGGGUAAAAGGUCUUCUGGUCUGUUCCGGUCCUGGCUUCCAAACAUUGGGUUUUCUUCCUCCGGCGAAGAGACACACGCAGAUCCCCGAGAGGAAGUCCGCAGGUCGGCUCCCGUCCAGACACAGCCUGGGGCGCCGCCUGAGGCACAGCUACCUAAGAAACAGGAAAAGGCGGGCUGGUUCCGACUUCCCAAGUUAGGGUUCUCGUCCUCUCCUACCAAGACGAGCAAAAGCCCUGAAGACGAGGCAGCCCUGGCGGAACUAAAACCCCAAGAAGAAGCCGUCACCUUUUUCGACGCCCGAGAAAGCUUCUCCCCCGAGGACAAGGAGGAGGGGGACCAGGCAGAGGCGGCAGGUGCCAGGCCAGGCACCAGAGCGAUGGUGACACCCGCGGCAAGAACGGAGCUGGUCCUGCUGGAGCAGGACAGAGGGGCCCGGGACGUGCCCGCCCCCGGCCCUGCCACCAAGUGAGGGCAGACAGACGUACAGAUGACACCAGGAAGCGGGGGCUGGGCCCGAGCUUCCACCCUGACGAUGCAUGUGUCCACCUCAAUUCUGGAACCGAGAACAGAGCAGAAGCGCCUGAGGCCAGCCAGGCUGCCAUCACACAGCCCUCCUACGGUGGGACCCACACGUGCCCGGCUCCCCACGAGUCACCGGGACACGCUGCUGCUUUGAGAAGGGCUGUGAUGGCCGUGGGUGUAGACGUGGUUUGGGUCUAGCUCCUGUCCCGCUGUCGCUGCUUCCUGGUGAGUGUAGUUUCCCUAGUUCAGGCAGAGUCUGGCGUCGUCCAGGAAACCCCGUCACCUGCUCGCUUAUCAUGAACUCGCACCCUGGUUGGAUGUCUUGCCAAGACACACUUUGGGACGCUCUGCGUGACGAUGCACACACUGUGGGCAGACUGGUGGGGGCCAGUGGCCACCUGGCGGCCGUGCUCAGCGCAGCUGUGGGCAGGUGCACCAGCAGAGGUGGACCAGACGUGCCUGAGUUCCCGCCAGCCGUCUGUGCCCGUCUGCUUGCCUGCAGCGCCCCCUGCAGCGUGCGCAGCCCCACGCCUGGCCCCAGCCCUUAGUACACUCUGCAGCCAGGCUGCGGGUGACAUCUGCUCGGCUGUUCCCAGGAAGGGCAAUAAAGGACGUUCUGCAUCCCGG